GUGCCGGGGCGCCCUGCCAGCAGGGGGCCAGGCCGGAUCGGCGCGAACGCAGCCGGCUCCUGUUGGCUCUGCGCAAACCCCUCCUCCCGCUAACUUCCCAAAGAGGCCGUCCUUCCGAAGAAACGAAAGUGAAAUUGAAGCGGGGCCCUUUCGCCGCCCUGCCCGCGCGCCCAGGCUGCUUACCCGACCCCGGGGGUGCGGGGGUGCGGUGCGUCCGCCGGAGGGGGGCCGGCCCACCUGGGGAGGGUCGCGCCGGAAGCAGAAGGGCCGCCAGCACCGCUCCAGGUCAUGCGUCAGGGGCGCCAUGGACCCCAGGCAGGGGUACUCCCUCUACAGACACCACCUCCACCCGGGUCGAGGCUGUGAGCUCAGCAGUCUUAGACAGCAGCAGCCAGGGCCGCGGUCUUACCCGAGCAGCUUCCAGCUCCAGCAAGUAGAGUUUCUCAGGGGGCGGCUCCCCGCCGUGCCCCUCACUGGGAAGCAGACACCUUCGCUGCUGCCCCUGCCACUGCCCUUCCCCCCUGCCCUCCGGCCCGGGUCUCCAGGGCCGCCCGCCAGAAGCAGGGGGGCCCAGACCAGGGCUGUUCCCAGGGGCGUGCCUGCCACAGGUCAGGUGCUGCAGCGAGGGUCCCGGAGUCCUGCUGGGCCUGGCCGGGCCUGGCCGGGGCGAGGCGUCGACAGGCUGUCCUCCCGCUUCCAGGCGCUGGGCAUCAGCCGGGACCAGGAGCAGGCGGUCGUAGAGCUCUUGCGGGGGCUGGGGGACGGGAAGGCGGCCACAGCGCGUGAUCUGGCUGGGAAGCUCAGGGUCACAAAGAAGGAAGUCAAUCGAGUGUUAUACUCCCUGGCGAAGAGGGGCGAGCUGUGUCAGGAGGCAGGAACGCCCCCUCUGUGGAGAGUCGCGGCCGCGGUGCAGGCCUGGCACCCUCACAGCCAAGUAGCUGACGCAGACCAUCCUCGCCACGAAGCUGGGGGCUCGGAGCCGGCUUUGCACACCACAGACGGAGGCUCGGAGUCGGAGUCAGAGGCCCCUCCUGAGCUCUCGGACAUGGCCGAGAUCAAAGAGAAGAUCUGCGACUAUCUGUUCGACGUGUGCAGUGCCUCCGCCCUGAACUUGGCCAAAAACAUCGGCCUCAGCAAGGCCCGGGAUGUCAGCGCCAUGCUGAUCGACCUGGAAAGGCAGGGGGACGUGUGCCGGCAGGGGACGACCCCCCCGGUGUGGUACCUGACCGACCGGAAGCGGGAGCGCAUGCAGAUGAAGAGAGACCCAGACGGCGCUCCCGAACCCGCUGCCGUGCCCGAGGCCGGGGGAGACGUGGUGCCCCCGCCCGGUGCUGCGGACAGCGCGGUGGCCGCGGGGGACGGGGAGAACGGCCGGGAGCCGGCCGUAAAGGUGGAGGGCAGGCAGGAGGCCGCCCCCGAGCCGGUGAGGCCGAGGCCGCCCGCUCACGACAACGGCCCCUCGAGAACAGGGUAUGUUGACUUUGAAAACGGCCAGUGGGCCACAGACGACAUCCCGGACGACUUGAACAGUAUCCACGCGGCCCCAGGUGAGUUUCGAGCCAUCAUGGAGAUGCCCUCCUUCUACAGUCACGGCUGGCCCCGGUGCUCGCCCUCCAGGAAGCUGGCGGAGUGCCAGCUGAAGAACCCCAUCAGCGGGCUGCUGGAGUACGCGCAGUUCGCCGGCCAGCCCUGCGAGUUCCAGCUGCUGGAGCAGAGCGGCCCGCCCCACGAGCCCCGAUUUAAAUUCCAAGUCGUCAUUGGCGGCCGCGAGUUCCCCCCGGCUGAAGCUGGCAGCAAGAAAGUGGCCAAGCAGGACGCUGCCCUCAAAGCCAUGACCAUUCUGCUGGAGGAGGCGAGAGCCCAGGACAGCGGAAAGGCAGAAGAACCCUACGGCUGCUCCGCGGAGAAGGGGUCGGAGAAGACCGCGGAGUCCCAACCGGGCGUCCCGUCAACUGCGUCCUUCUUCUCUGGGAAGAACCCCGUCACCACCUUGCUCGAGUGUGUGCACAAGCUCGGGAGCUCCUGCGAAUUCCGCCUGCUGUCCAGAGAAGGCCCUGCCCACGACCCCAAGUUCCAGUACUGCGUGGCCAUGGGGGCCCACACCUUCCCCACCGCCAGCGCCCCCAGCAAGAGGGCAGCCAAGCACAUGGCUGCGGAGGAGGCCAUGAGGGCCCUGCACGCGGAGGCCACCAGCUCGGCGCCGGCCGACUCCCAGCCCGGAGGCACCGGCGCAGAACCGUUUGACGCCCUGGAGUCCGGGAUGCCCAACAAGGUCAGGAGGGUCGGCGAGCUCGUCAGAUACCUGAACACCAACCCCGUGGGUGGCCUGUUGGAGUAUGCGCGCUCCCACGGCUUCGCGGCCGAGUUCAAGCUGGUCGACCAGUCCGGCCCUCCGCACGAGCCCAAGUUCGUGUACCAGGCCAAAGUCGGGGGGCGCUGGUUCCCGGCCGUGUGUGCCCACAGCAAGAAGCAAGGCAAGCAGGAGGCGGCCGACGCGGCGCUCCGCGUCCUGAUUGGGGAGGACGAGAAGGCCGAGCGCAUGGGUUUCACAGAGGUAACCCCAGUGACGGGGGCCGGUCUCAGAAGAACUUUGCCUCUCCUCCCGAGCUCCCCCGAAGCACAGCCAAAGACACUCCCCCUGACGGGCAGCACCUUCCACGACCAGAUAGCCAUGCUGAGCCACCGCUGCUUCAACGCCCUCACCAACAGCUUCCAGCCCUCCUUGCUCGGCCGCAAGAUCCUGGCCGCCGUCAUCAUGAAGAAGGCCUCUGAUGACCUGGGGGUCGUGGUCAGCUUGGGGACAGGGAACCGCUGCGUGAAGGGCGACUCCCUCAGCCUGAAGGGGGAGACCGUCAACGACUGCCACGCGGAGAUCAUCUCCCGGAGAGGCUUCAUCAGGUUCCUGUACAGCGAGCUGAUGAAGUACAACCCGCAGACCGCGAAGGACAGCAUCUUCGAGCCCGCGAAGGGAGGAGAGAAGCUCCAGAUCAAGAAGACCGUGUCCUUCCACCUGUACAUCAGCACCGCCCCGUGUGGGGACGGCGCCCUCUUUGACAAGUCCUGCAGCGACCGUGCCGUGGAGAGCGCCGAGUCCCGCCACUACCCUGUCUUCGAGAACCCCAAGCAGGGCAAGCUGCGCACCAAGGUGGAGAAUGGGGAAGGCACAAUCCCAGUGGAAUCCAGUGACAUCGUGCCCACGUGGGACGGCAUCCGGCUCGGGGAGCGACUCCGUACCAUGUCCUGCAGCGACAAGAUCCUGCGCUGGAACGUGCUUGGCCUGCAGGGGGCACUGCUGACGCACUUCCUGCAGCCCGUGUACCUCAAGUCUGUCACGCUGGGUUAUCUCUUCAGCCAAGGGCAUCUGACCCGUGCCAUCUGCUGCCGUGUGACAAGGGAUGGGAGUGCCUUCGAGGACGGGCUGCGGCCCCCCUUUAUCGUCAACCACCCCAAGGUGGGCCGAGUCAGCGUGUACGACUCGAAGAGGCAGUCGGGGAAGACGAAAGAGACCAGCGUCAACUGGUGCCUGGCUGACGGCUACGACCUGGAGAUCCUGGACGGGACCAGAGGCACCGUGGACGGGCCGCGGAACGAGCUUUCCCGGGUCUCCAAAAAGAACAUUUUUCUCCUGUUUAAGAAACUCUGCUCCUUCCGCUACCGCAGGGACCUCCUCAGGCUCUCCUACGGGGAGGCCAAGAAGGCGGCCCGCGACUACGAGGUGGCCAAGAACUACUUCAAGAAGGGCCUCAAGGACAUGGGCUACGGGACGUGGGUCAGCAAGCCGCAGGAGGAGAAGAACUUCUACCUCUGCCCCGUGUAGCAGCGCCCGGGCGCCGGGCAGGGUGCAGGCGGGCCGUGCCGCCCCGUUGCGGGGGUGGCGGCAAGCCCGGGACGCCGGCAACUGGGGUCCUGCCCGCCCUGCCCUGCCUGCGGGGCGUGGGGGAGGCGCAUCUCUUCCCACCACACGAGCACGAGGGGCCUCGGCCCACGUCCCGCUGAGCCCCGCUUGGGUCCCACCGCCCCUCCCUGUGUUGCGUCGACCUCUCGCCGUCGUGGCCGGGCCCCCAUCAGCUCUGAGUCCUGGCAGGGCUGGGGGCGCCCUCGGCGGGCUCUGUAAGCCCCCCCCCCCGUCUCCCCGCUGCCCUGUGCCAUCCCCUCCUUCUGAUCAUGGAGUUUCUCCUUUUCCUCCGAGAGGGUCACGGGCGAGCUUGACUGGGUGAAGCAUCUGCAGGUCAGGCGGUGCCCCGGGCCCGUGGGGUCGGAGCCGGCACGUGGCGGUCAGCGACCUUCGGGUCUUGCACUUUAGCCGGCACCGGGGGCCGGGCCCCAUUGGUGGCAGAGGGCCUGGGGGCGGCGCCGACCCCCAGGGGGCGCAGACCUGCCAGCGGGGACAGCAGGGCCACCGACCCCAGCCCCCUGGGGGAGACGCCUGCGCAGGCCCCUCUCCACUCAGGUAAUCAGGACUAGAACGGGGCACGGCGUCCCGGUGGGUCGGGUGCGCUUCUCGUGACAGUGACGCCCGGGAAGGUUGACAGAAUCAUCGGUGAAUUAAGAGUUUUUAAUAAUACCAUAAAUGUUGAUUCUUAACGGCUACAGGUAACCUGUAACUGCGCAGAUUUAAAAAUCAGACAUAAUUUUCCAUUUAUUCAAGCGGUUUUGUCUGUGAGGUGGCUUUGGGGGAGGCAGGUCACAGGCCCGAGGUCUCCCUGCCCGUUAGGGGACCUUUAGAGGGUUGACACUCGACAGUGGUUACUUGACAGUAGUAGUCAGGAUGGCAGCUUGUCCUGAAGGCUGGCGUCGGCGCCUCAAGCCACUGCUGAGUCCUGUGGUCCCAGCCUCGGGCUGCGGAAUCCAGCUCCGCCCACACGCUCAAGGCCGGUGCCCGGCCGCCCCCCGGGCUCGAGCCUCCGGGCGCUGGCUGUGUCCAGAAGGCUCCAGCCGGCGCGGGAGAGGCCUGCCCCCCGUACCCCCCACUGCUGCCGAGGCUCCCGUCUGCCCCCUCCUUCAGUGGAGGCGCCCUCGUUCACAUUUCUGUUCUUGUGGCUACUGUUCCCCUCUGUGCUUUUGACCAAAAAGUGACCAAAAUAAAAAAAACCCAAGUUUUUCAAGUAUA